AUGACAAAAAUAGCCACCGACGCGGACUUUUCACUCACUAUGACUCAGAGGGAAGAACAUCUCAUUUAUUUCCAAGAAGAGUCUGGAGCCAUCCGUGAAGUCAUCGUGGUUGGCGACAAGGCGACCCUCACGCCCACUCCGGUGGCCACGGACGCGAAGAACGGAACACCCAUUACGAGCUUCUCCGGCUCUGCCAGAAUCCACGUCUUCUACAUCAACACCAAGGACCAGUUGCAGGAAUUGAUCCGAGACGCCGAUGGAUCGCCCUGGGAAUCGCUUCCACCAAGUUUCAGCCCGGAGAAGAAUGAUUUGAGUGUUGGGCUGAAGAUCUGCGGGUAUUGCGUGGAUGAGAUUGAUGGGACGUGA